AUUCCGAGUACAAGAGCCAGGAGAGUGACGUCGGGAGGAGCCAAUCUCCUGGCGUCGCUGCUGCGCGGGGGUGGGCCAGACCGGUCGGAGAGCUGCUGGUGUUGGCUGCAGGUUCAUGAAUAGAUUGAAGAAAACAUGGCCAAUCAACGAGAUUACAUUAGCAGGCCUAUUUGCAAUGGAAUUUCUGUUCCUGAAAAUAAAAUUAAUUCCUUAGUGGCUGAAGGUCAUGGACAGCAAAUUCUAAAAGUACUGCAAAAGUUCAGAGAACAAAAUAUAUUUUUUGACUUUAAAAUUAUUGUGAAAGAUGAAGUCAUUCCUUGUCAUCGUUGUGUGCUGGCAGCUUGUAGUGAUUUUUUCAGAGCCAUGUUUGAAGUUAAUAUGAAAGAACGAGAUGAUGGCAACGUUACCAUUAGUAAUCUGUCACCCAAGGCAGUGAAAGCUUUUCUUGAUUACGCUUACACAGGAAAAACAGAGAUAACAAACGAUAACGUAGAAAUGCUCUUCCAGCUGUCAUCAUUUCUUCAAGUUUCACUCCUUUCCAAAGCUUGCAGUGACUUUCUAAUAAAAAGCAUUGAUCUUGUCAAUUGCUUACAGUUGCUUUCUCUAUCAGAAAGUUAUGGUUCUGUCCGCUUAUUUGAUCAUGCGCUAGAUUUUGUACAGCACCACUUUUCCCUGCUAUUAAGAUCAAGUGACUUUUUGGAGAUGAAUUUUGAGAUAUUACAAAAAUGUCUUGAAGCCGAUGAACUAAAUGUCCCUGAGGAAGAAUCAGUGUUGAAUGCUGUUCUUCAAUGGACCAAACAUAACAUAGAAACACGACAGAAAUAUCUGCCUAAUUUGAUCAAAAAAGUGAGGCUGCACCAGUUGCCCGAAAAGACAUUGCAAGACUUUCUGCAUUCAGAAGAAUAUUUACUUAAAAGUGCUAAUUGUUCAGUAAUAAUCAAUGAUGCAGUCAAAAGUGUGCAAGACUUCAGUGGAUUAUUUCCAGAUGCACGUCCUUCAACAACAGAAAAAUACAUAUUUGUUCAUAAAACUGAUGAAGAUGGAGAAAACAGGCAUACAUUUUGCUACAACAUCAAAACAGACAAAUGGAGAGAACUACCACAUACACACAUGAUUGAUCUUCCAGGGUCAAGCUUAUCUAGCUACGGAGAGAAAAUAUUUAUAACUGGAGGAUGCAAAGGGAAUUGUUACAGGACGGUCAGGCUUCAUAUUGCUGAACCAUUUCAUGAUGCCACUGACCAAACCUGGUGCUACUGCCCAGUCCGCAAUGAAUUCUCCAUAGUGUCAGCUAUGAGAAAACCAAGGACAAUGCACACAUCUGUUGUCACCUUAAACCAGUUGUUUGUAAUAGGUGGAAAGACCAGAGGAGCUCAAGAAACCCGAAGUCUUUUGGAUGUAGAAUCAUAUAAUCCUCUCUCCAAAGACUGGAAAUCUGUAAGCCAAUUACCAAGAGGUAUCUACUAUCCAGAAGCAAGUGCAUGUCAGAAUAUAAUUUAUGUCCUUGGCUCAGAAGUAGAGAUUACUGAUGCCUUUAAUCCAUCUCUUGACUGUUUCUUUAAGUACAACGCUAUGACUGAUCAGUGGUCGGAGCUUGUAGCAGAAUUUGGGCAGUUUUUCCAUGCAACUCUAAUCAAAGCUGUUCCAGUGAACUGCACAUUGUAUAUAUGUGAUCUGUCCACCUACAAAGUCUACAGCUUCUGCCCAGAAACCUGUGUUUGGAAAGGGGAAGGAUCUUUUGAAUGUGCUGGCUUUAAUGCGGGAGCAGUUGGGACGGAAGACAAAAUUUAUAUAUUAGGUGGUGAUUAUGCUCCAGAAGAAAUCACGGACGAAGUUCAAGUCUACCACAGUAACAGGUCUGAGUGGGAAGAAGUUUCCCCAAUGCCAAGAGCCUUAACUGAAUUUUACUGUCAGGUCAUUCAGUUUAAUAAAUAUAGGGACCCCUGGUCAUCUGUAAUGACAAUUUGCUCUGGAGAAUUUUGAAAUUCCUGAGUCAAAAUAAUCUAUAUAAAUGCACAAGUUUUAGAACAGAUUUUUCAGUAUUAGUUUGCAGAAAAAAAAUAUGUGCUUUUUUUGUUUUAAAUCUUCAGUUUAAGUUGUCUGCUAUAGAAAUGUUUCUGAAAGGGUCUAUAAAAUUCUCAUUCAUCCUGGCCAUUACACAUUAAGAAUUACUUAGUUUUAUACACAAGUCUUCUCUGCAAUUGUCUGAAUAAUUUGCAAAUACUAAUUUUCAGAAAAAAAUUAUGAGGAAUUUAUUCUGUAAUAUGUGCCAUUAUUUCUGUAAUAAUCACAGUUGCCCCAUGUGAUAAAUUGCUGAGUGAGGAAACUGAUUGUGACACUGUUUUCCCUACGUAACUUAAGUUUAAGGAAAUCUACAUUCAUGUUUUUUGGUUGUUUUGUUUUGGUAUUUACAAACCUAUUAGAGAACUUCAUUGUCAGUUUUAUCUUAUUAGAAUGACCUGAUCAAGGGGAAAAGCCAAAGUGACCUUCACAGCAUUAAAACCAGGAGUCUAACUUGAAGAGACUGAAAAUUCCCAUCAUCUUAUGUCAGCUCUUCAGUUGGACCAUAUUUUUUCCAUCCUUGUGCCUUAGUAGUAGCUGUACUUUCUGCUUUCAUCCCGUCACUGUGGCAAGACAAACUUUGAUAACACUUUGCAGGGUGAGCAAGAUUUCUGCAGGGUGGAUGAUUCGUGUGGGAACUUUGCUCCACAGAUGGUCACCUCAAUCACUGCAAGAAAAAACACUUCAGGAUGUUUUCUAACAGAAGUCUUCCAUCUCUGAAGUCUGCAGCGGUUUCUGCUAAGCAGCCAAUAGGCUUCUUGCAGCAGAAUGUUACAGAAUUAAGUUUUAGUUGUUGCUUCAGUUAACUACAGGAAAAUUUCCUAUCUUAUAAUACAUAGAAUACAAAGUUAGAAAAAAAACCAACAAGCCCAUACUUAAAGAAAAAAGUAUUUCUGAAGGGAAAUAAGUCAUUUUUUAAAACUUCUGUUAAAUGAAUUAAAACACUUUCAUCUUCAUGGCAAUUUUAAGUGAUAAAUUAUUACAAGGUAAACACUAUGCAAUACAUUGCUUGAGAAACUAUAGUAAUCUAUUGUGUUAAAAUUGUAAUGGAUUUUCAGUAUUUAUACUAUUGUGAAGUAAAUUUGAUCUGAUGCAUACAAAGUAUCUGUCCAACAGGACACUGGAAUUAUCUAGGUUUCAUAAACUCACCUGUAAUCUUCCACAGCCUGAGAAUUUUCUUCCUUUCCUGAUAUUUAAAUAAGAUUUCAGUAGCCCUUAUGUAUGAAUUAGGCCAUAAGGUUGUGUUAUGCCAGACAGAAUGGUUCUAAACAUAUAAGCAUGCCUUUUCCAAGCAGCUUGAAUAUGAACAAAAUUUAAUGAGGUACCUAAUGCAUCUUUUACAUGGCUUCAUACAACCACUGUAAUUUUGCUAGUACAUCUCUGAUGCAUGUACUUCUGGCAAAAGUAAAGCUCAGUAUCAAUGCUUAAAGCUUAAUAUUGCCUAGCAACAUAUUUCCCUUUCAAACAGUAAACAGUGGAAAUCUCAAAUUCUGCCAUUUGUAUAAUUUAUCAAAUAUCUUUCAAAAGUUAGAUAAUAUUAUAAGUAUUUUCAUAAGGAUGUAAAUGAAAAUUAUGCACACUUGGAUGACCUAGUAAUAGUGGAACUUUCCCCCUCAGUAAUUCACAUUAAGGUAUAUGUCAGUUCUGUAGAAGUAAGUCGUUUAUUGUAGUAGUAUUUCAGGUAACUUCCACAUUUAUUUUGAUCUUUUCAUAGUGAAUCUCCAAAUCAUAUUGUAAGUAGAGUUAGACUGGUAACAUUUACAAUCGUUUUUAUGUCAGAACAUGCCUACUUUUUGUCAGUAAAAAUGAUAUGUAUUGAAUAGUUUAGGAGAGAUGGAGAAUACUGUUCCUGCUCAUUAAAAUAUCAAGGGAAAAAAUAAAUAGGAAUAUAGGAGAAAUAGGAGUCUUAGCAUCAGUAGGCUUGUCAAGGUAGCAUAAACUUCAUUUAAUUAUCACAACUUAUAGCUUUGCAUUAGAAGUACAAGGCUGCACAGAAAUGCCAGGUCAUGGCCUGAACCAAUGGUUGACCACCAGGUGAGAACGCAUGGCUAUCCCAGGGAGCUUGGGUGCAAGCAAUGCACAUGAGUGGCUGAAAGGGUGGAGCCUUGACCCAUCCCUCCUCACCCUCAUUUAAGGGUAGCAGCUGAGGGAACAGAAACUCUUUAGACAGAGAUUAUGCUGUUCUUAAGCUAUCACUGGUUGUUAGAAGGAGUGAGCAAGUUUUCUUCUUUGUUAUCUUUUGUUGCUCCAUAAUGCUUGUAUCCAAGUAGGAGAUGCUGCCAUUGCCUUCUUUUGCUGCACAGAGGCUCAGUUCUUGUUUGCUUGUGGUUUUGUGCUGUUUUUAAUACUCAAGUAAUCAUAGUAUCAUCAUAGUAUCAUAGUCUCGUGCGGGUUGGAAGGGACCUUAGAGAAAGGACCCUUUACAUAAUGACCAUGUAAUUUAUGCAAUGACAACAGCGACACAUUAUGCCCAUCUUAUAUGGGUAUAAACAGCUAUGCAAGUUGGAAGAGUCUAGAGAACUGCAUGUUACCUUCUGUUGCUUCUGUCCUGACCAAAUUGCUGCACUGCUUGAACAGCACUGAGUCAGUCACAAGUUCAGGUGAUGCUCUUUCUUCCAAGUAUUUUCUUACACUAUGUUUUAUUCGGUAUACUUGCUGUAUGCAUAUACCUCUGCCAUAUGACACCAAACAGUAUAUGCGGUAAAUUACUUGUUAUUCAUAUACAUAUAUAUAGAGAGAAAAAAUUUAAACAUAACUUUAUUGGGAAAAAUAAAUGCUUCUUUGAUAUUCUAUGCUGCAUUUGUACAGGAACUCAAGUCAGUUCCCAGUCCAUCAAAUUAUUCAUGGAUUUCAAAUGGUGAUUCACUCUCUUAAUUGGUGAUGAGGAAAUUAAUUAGUAGCAUCAGUUCCUUCUUACUAUUUAUCACAAAAAGAUACUGUGAAAUAGAAUGAAUUUUUUUUUCUGUUACAUAGGUAAACCCAUGGAGGGGGGAAAAAAGAGGUUAUUUGCUGUAAUUUCAACAUGAUAGGAGAAGGGGAAAUGGUUUGAAACCGAAAGAGAGGAGAUAUAGACUAGAUGUCAGAGAAACUUUUUUAUUUUACCUUAAAUGGUAAUGAAGCACUGGCACAGGUUGCCCAGAGAGGUGGUAGUGUUCUAUCCCUGGAGACACUGCAGGUCAGGCUGGAUGGGGCUCUGAAGGAGCUGUAGUGUCCCUGCUCAUGGCAGGGGGGUUGGGCUAGAUGGCCUUUAAAGGUCUCUUCCAACUCAGCAGAUUCUGAUUCAUACAGAGGACUGAAUCUGAUAGUGGGAUUGAAUGCAGAAGAAUCUGUGUUACAAAGUCAUGGUUAAAAACAAGGCUUUAAGAUAAAAGUAAUGACUUAUUUACCACAGGAUUUGCAAUACAUCUAGUGAUGAAUGAAAUCUCAGUGAAGUCAACUGCACUACCCAAAACAAUACGCAUUUCUUGCAUUAAUUACUUAUGUAGGUCUGGAUCAAAUAUAUAUAUUUUAGCUGACUACACAGAAUUUAAAAAGAUCCCAAAAGCCCUGCAGGGUGAUUUUCUUUCUACAACUCUUCUGAAUUUUCAAAGCUCAUAGAACUUAAAUAAAAAGUACAUUCCUCUGAAAAUAAUGCAUUACUAAAUAAUGAUUACCUAGGUUCUCACUGAAAUAUAUUAAAUGUUUCAAACAUACAAAUUGCAUGUAAAAGUAUAUGCUACUAUUUGCACCUAAAUAAUGUAACCAAAACAUUUCUAAUCGUUGUUUACUGUAUGUCAUAGAACACAUAAGCAUGACCAGUACAAUAUACAUUAAGAUAAUAUACAUGUGGGAUUUUAAUACCCAGUAAUGAUUAUGUUGGAUAGCUUUAUAAGAAUGCACUGAAGACAUUAUGGCACUUUGGUAGUGUUAUCAUACUGGUUUAGUUACAAUAAAUAUAAGUUAUUCAGGUAUUUAUAUUGAUUAUGUUUGCACAGACCUGAUAAUUAUUAUUUCUGUAUUAAUGAAUUUAUUUUCUAUAUUCUAAAUAUGUUAGUGGUAAGUCGGUUUACUGCUGUUAAAAAUUCAUUAUAUUUUAAAAAUGGAGUAAAAUUUAUUGGGUCAGAUUUGUUCCCAGUGCUACUCCAUUAAGAAAUCCGUAUACCUCUUCUGAUCAGUAAUAAGUAUUAGGUAAGGUGUAGGAUAUAGGAUGUGCUGAUAGCGUUUGGAAAUGUGGAGUCAAACUUUAGAUGUUUCUGUUUGUGGUUGACCAACAGGAGGCAGCAUAAGAUCUAUUUUAAUGAAUACAGAAUUAAACCAGGGAUAUUUUGACAAUAUUUGUAUGUGAAAAUGAUGCUCAGUUUACUUUUUCCCUUCUAAUACCCAAUAAAGCAUAGAGACCAUUAAAAUCUUGCUGCUGCCUGGGCUCUGCUGUUAUGUGGAAGUAUGACACUACUGUAUGUUUGCUGAGAUGUUCGUUCUUCUGUGAAAUAAAGCACCAAGCAACUGAA